AUGAUCAGUGACAUUAAAACCCUUUCAAACGAAUCUACAGCAUUAAGCACCGAUUGGGCUGAAAAUUGCACUAGCACCGAACCACAGUAUGUAAGUACAACGGAUUAUGCCGUGUUGCUCAAUCUCAGCAUAGCAUGUUUUAUAGGGAUGUUCGCCUUGUUUUUAUGUGUCUUCCACUCAUAUCGUGCGACUAUGGAAAGAAGAAAAAUAGUAACUGGGCAUCCUGCUGUGUUUUUAACGCGUAUCAAUGUAGAAGCGAGAGAACCGCAACCAAUGCCACGAGGAAUAUUGAAAACGAACAAGAUACCGGGAUUAUCACAUGCUAAUUCAGAUAAAACACCGCCUCGUUGUGUAACAUUCGAUAUAAUUGAGGAUAAUUAA